GCCCAUGACCCAUGAGCCACCUUCCAUUCUUACAAAAAGCGCUCCUGUCAUCUUUGCUACCACCUUUGCCGGGAUAUCCAAGCCAUGGGGUAAUACUGUUACCACUGUUGGGAAUGUAGACCAAGCUUCUAUCAUGCUCAUUGCUGGCGACAAGGAUGACACCCCAUGGCUUCUUCUGAAGUCCCAACAUGUUGUCAUCGUGCAACAGCUCAACGUCCCGGCCGACCCGGUCACUCUUCGACCGAUUUUGGGCCAUGCAGUCGCUCGUCAAGGCUCGGUGGUACACUACGAGCGCCAGAACAGAACUUUCCUCAUUCACUUUCGUGACGAGGCGCUGUUUUGGUCUUUCCUUUAUCAUACAACUGCACACUCCAACUCUUCAUUGUUCACAACUGGAAUGAAAACCAGCACACUUGCCCGUCUUUGGAUGACCUUCAACAUCCCCUACGAUUAUCCUGGAUCCCUCAGCAUCGCCAAAUCACCCGAAGUCUCGGAUGUCUUUCAUGCACCCAUUCGCCUCGCUGUUGACUCGCUAUCCGUUACAGUCACAGGCUGCAUCCUAGAGGCGAUCCCUGACGUCUGUGAGCACGAAGGAAUCGAACUUUUUGGAGGGGUCUGGCAUGUACUAUAGUACUUAUCUAUAAUCUAGUGGAAUGUGGUACAUAAAAAUUCGCAUAUUCUAUAUAUCUGCAUGGAUUUUUUGCCAGAUUGGGCGAUCACCCUCAAACGGUGACACAGCAGGCCGUAGGCCCAUUCCCAUCAAAAACACAAAGACUAAUGCGGUGGAGAGUAGCGACAAAGGCAUUAGGAUUGGGUG